AUGAUAGGGCUUAAUCCUAAUCCGGCGACUACCACGUCAACAGCAGAAGAUGAACGGACAAAGGGAGAUCUUCGUCUGCCGAGAAGCGACUUUUACCGAGUGGAGACGGGAAACUCUUUCUCCGGCUCUUUCGAAGAACCCACGAUUGAGGUAGACAAGGACAAUGAGCGCUUGAUCAAGCCUCAAUCAGAGUCAUUGAAAGCAGUAGAUCUGAUCAAGGACGGCGUGGAUGAAAUCCAGGUUUCUUCAUUCACCCCCGAGCUUCCUCAAGAAAUCUGGUACUGCAUUUUCCAACGAGCGAUCCCACCCAGCUGGCUGCUAGACCCUUCCCUAUCUUUGGGGCCUGAUGCUCCCUGGUCGGUUGCAUUGCGACUGAAGAAGAAUAUCGUGACAGUUUGCAAAUCCUGGUACAGUGCCGGUCUUCCGUUCCUCUACGAAGACGUAUGUAUCCGUCGUCUCUCUCAAUUCGAGAAUCUCUUCCUUGCCUUCAGAAACACACGAAUGCAGAUCGGCUCUCUCGUCAAGACCGUGAAUAUCCUUUGCUACAUUCCCACAGCCAUAUCUACCACUUUCGCGACGUAUCUGGGAACCAUUUUUUCACUUUGCCCUCGAUUGCAUUCUUUCGCGUACUCAUCGCCGACACCCAUCGACGAACAUGCAGUGAACCAAAUCCUGCUGAAAUCCAUUACCCACCUCGAUCUAUCAAGACUCCCUUCUCAGUAUUCACUGAUCCGCCUUCUGGCUGGCGUGAGUGCCACGUUGAGAUCGCUGAACCUCCAAAUCCCCUCUACCCCCCAAGAACUGGCAGUGCAGACGAAAGUAGUGCUCCCGAGUCUGUCAUCGCUAUUUCUGGUACAAAGCCCUAUACCGGACGAAGGAGCCGGCCUUCGGUUUCUCACCCAGCAUUUGGACCUUCCGAGCCUUUCAAGAUGCACAUUGGAUUUUUCAUAUCAGCUAUUCGGACACCAAGGCCGAGCUGCGGAGGCAGUCGUCGAAUUCCUGAUACAGCGUGGAGGCAAUCUCAUUUUCUUGAAUAUCGCGUACAGUUAUUCGAACCUCUCCUACCAUCUGCUUCCCUUACAUCUGUAUUGUCCACUUCUUGAGCAUUUCGUCAUGCCAGUCUCUGUUGUUGCCUACAACACCAACUGGAUCGACGCUUUCAAACAUCCCACCCUCCGGCAUAUCGACUUCAUGCAUCCCCCCAUCGCGAGCGCAAGCGACACUCUGGGAGAAAUCCCACUUCUACGCAGCAAUCUGCCCGCAUUACAGGGCGCUCGGCUGGUGGCAGAACUGCCUCGAGCCUCGUACCAAUGGUUGCAAGAGUUCCCUCCAGGCGCAGUCAAGGCAGCUGACCAGCGCUUCGUGAUCGACUUCUAUCCCAACAAGCUCUUGCACGGGAUCGAUUAUGUGUAUCUGCUACGCCCGCAGUGGAGUGCAUCUGGAUGGAAGUGUCAUGACGGUGUUACCCCCACUUUUCGAGAGCUGGACUGGCCUGAGGUGUGGAAUGAGCGACGGGAUGACGGCCUUGUACUCGUUCUUGCUGACCCAGAGUGGGACGACUAUCACGAUGACCGGUCCGACCCCGAAGAUGGUGUGUAUGUGUAUGAAACUGACUCUAGUGAGGAGUCGUGUGGCUCGAGCUUCAGCGAGGAGAGCGAUGGAGGCCGGGAGGACGAUGAUAUUAUGGAACUUUCCUUAGAAUCUCAAGAAUUCCUAUAA